ACUGCGUCUCUCAGUCUCCUCUAACCUCUUUGCGCAAAAAACCCCACUCCGGCAGCUCAAAACCCCAAUCUUCCCCGGCCUCCCCACCCAACCCUAGCACCAAACAACAUCCGAUGCGGCAUCUGAAGCGCGGCGGCGGCGGCGCCGACCCCCACGAUGCGGCGGUGCUCAACUUCGUGGGGCUCGGGGAGUUCGCGCAGCUCUACCUCCCCGACCACCCGCCCGGCGAGCUUGGGCUCUCCGCCGCCUACGACGACGCUUCAGGCCGCAUUAUGGUCUCCGUCCGCGGCGGCGCUGUCUCCGCCUCCCCCGCCUCCCUCGCGGGCGCCCUGGGGCUGUCGAUGGGCCCGGUUGGCCUCCCCGCGGGGUGGGACGCGGCCGUGUUCUGCACGUCGGAGGCGAUCGGAGCCGUGAAGGGGUUUGUCUGCGAUCGCGUGCUGCUGGGAUGGGGAGGGAGCGGCGCUGCGGUGUCGAUGGAGGUCGCUGCCGCGCUGCGGUUGGUGGAGGAAGGCAAGGCAUACGACGUGGACUGGGGCGGCUUGAUUUGGGCAGUGGUGAAGAGGGAGGUGGUAGCUGGGACGCCAUGGCGGUACGCGCCGUACCUCCUCCAUCUGAUGGUGUGUCAAAGGCCGGAGCUUUUCGCGGAGAGCUUACCGCUUGGGAAGCGGUUCAAAGAUCAGGUAUUGCAGCAGUGCCAGUUGGAAGACGAGGAAGCCUCUUUGGUUUUUCUGGGCACCCAAUCCGUUGGUGACUUGGAGGAAAUGCCAAUUUUUGGCAGUCAAAACAUAAGUUUUUUUCCUCAACCGCAGGAGGUGGGGGGCAAUUGCAGUCACCAAACUAUUUCGCAUUUCCAAGCCCUCAUGCAACAAAUCCAAGGUUAUGUGUCUAACAUGAACAGCAAAUACCUGGAUAAGGAACAGAUUUGCAGGGACGCUCAACAUGAGGUGGAGUGCAUUAAGGCUAUGGUGAAGGAAAAAGAAAACCAAAUUGCAGCUACUGUCAAUGCUAUAGAACAGGAGCUUUUAGCGAGGAGAGUUGUAAUGCGGAAAUUUGAAGUAGACAAGGAUGAGCUGUGCCGCAGUGUUCAACAUUACCGUAAGUUACUUAAGAAGACUUCAGCUCAAUUUCAGGAGCAUAGGAAUAUGGUAACACGCGGGGAAGGUGUUGACUCGUAUUUGGAGCAUCUUGGUAUAAGUGGUGGGCAAAAUCUCAGUUGGAUGCGCCAAAUGCGUUCUCAGUACCAGAUGUUUGAAACAUGUGAUUCAAAGUCUUCGAAGCUUCUCAAGGAUUUUACAGAAAUGGAGAGGAGCAUUGCAAGCCUUAAUCAUGAAGUGGAAAGGCUAAAGAACUGUAGAGCAAUUCCGGACCUCAACAAUGGUGUGGAAGAUGAUGGUGAGGGCAAAGCAUCCCUAGCCACAACAUUGGGUGCAUCUUGGACACGUGAAGGAGAUUGUGUUAGCAACACCACACAAGGAGGAAGACAGGUUGUCGUGUUGAUACCAAACCCUGAUAAAAGGAAUGACACCAGGGAGAGCAUGGAUCUCGAUGGAGCUCAGUCAGGGACGAAGCUCUGCUGAUGAAGCAUGCCAUGGCAGAGCAGCCUCACAGAGUGCAAGAUAUUUUGUUAACGGUUGAUCGUGUGCUAGUAUCAUGCAAAAGUGCUGAUCAGAUUGCACCAGUGUUUUGUCAUGUGGACCUAAUAUAGUGGUAUCAUUAGACAAGGUUAUCCUAACUUAGUAGCGUGUAAGAAUGGUGUAACCAGUGGUAGUGACGGUGCUAUGGUUGGACAUGAAUGGGAAGUUUCUGCAACAUGCUAUCUAUCUUUUUAGCUCUGUUUAGUAUUUACAAGCAAUGCAUCCUGGCAUUGCCAUGUACAUUGCUGAACCAUACUUUAUCAUAUAAAUGAAACCAGAAAUGCACUGGCUUUGUUUUA